CAGGGAUUUUGGGGGAGAAACUGGGGAAGGAGGAAGACAGUGUGAGAUCUACACUAAAAAUUAUGCUUAGAUGCUUAGAUGGGGACGGCUACAUUAGCCGCUGCGCAAGGGAGCGAUGGUCAUUACUAUAAAUAGUAUCGUUAUAUCGUUCUUUCGAACGGAGAACCUGCGGCGAGGGGGGAGGAAAGGAAUUCAAAUGGCGGAAAUCAUUCAAGGGCCGAACAUAAAGCAUUAAUUCAGGAAUCCAUUUUGUUUUCGGUACCGUGCUAAACAAAGGACAUGACUUUACUGCGUAGGGGGGCGUCAUCAAGGCAAGAGUAGUGCUUCUCGGCCAAUCAAUGCGUGCCUGGACACACUGCUGACCAAUCGUUUUAAAGGGUCAGUGGCGGGAAACAUUGCAUUGGGGGGGGGAGAAGGACCUCCGGCACCAUUUUCCUUAAGUACUUCAACUGGACAGUGGCGUGGGAGCGUCCUUGCAUUGUUCAGCAAUGAUAGGCAGCCGCAAGACCGGAGUGAGAGGCGUUUCUUGGCGCGAAAAGGAAAACAUACUCGCUACAGUUACUGAGGAUCGUUUUGACGAAGAACUAGUGACUAUAAACCACGAUGAUCUUAGAACAUCGACACUGCCUACGUUUGCGAUACCUUCCAGCUCCAGAGACAGCUGUGCAGAGACCUAUGAUUCUCAGGACACAAGAACCGAAGAUUUCUCACAGCGUGCUUCCACAGGAAGGGGGAACUCGGGAUUGAGUGUUGCAAGUGAUGGUGACAUUGAAGAUCACAUAGAUGGAUGUGAGCAGGAAGAGAUGUCUUCGCAUAACACAGAUGGAGUCACUGAACAUGACAGGUCUUCAGGCAGUGAACAGGCACGCAAGGAGGAAAAGCGUGCGAAUGAGGCACAACGUGUACGGCGCGUGGCUCUGCUUAAUGACGUGGCGAUGAAGAUGCUUGAGCAGGGCACCGCCGAACACAAGGAAAUCAUGAAGUUUCUUGGUGACUGGGAGGAACGCAAAUUCGAGUCAAUGAAACAUGAGAGCCAACUCGAUAGGCAUUUGCUCCAGGAGACAAUGCAGCGUAAUGCUGAUGUCUUAGCGAUGGCGGUCGACAGCAUAAGACAUCUAACAGAGGUGAUAUCAGGUACGCAGUCAAUCGCUGGGACAAAAGCUAAUCCCUGUACAUGUUCCCCAACUACUGGCCCCAGGACAACCUCACCCAAGGGCUGGUGUGCCGCAAAGCAAAUGAGGGACAACAGUGAUUCCGAGCCUGUUCCUGAGGUGCUUGUGCAGGACACACCGGAGGAGAGUCAGAGCAUACUCUUCAACAAACCCAAGAGUGCUGAGAGCAGUGGCACAGGUGGGCGGGGGGAAAAAAGGGCAUGUGUAGGCAGGGAGCGUGUAUUUUUUGAGCCGUGACAGAUUGCGGUGAUGACCUGUUCAAUACUGAACUACCCCCGCUUUGGUAUAGGGCUGAUACUCAUUCCGAAAUGUUUACUUU